AAGCCUCACGCGGAACAACGUCUUCUUCGCUGCUUUCAUCAGCCUGCACCGAAAACACAGGGCGAAGAACUUUGACCAGCAGCGAGCUCGUUUCUCCACUGCUUUCAUAUUCGUGUGUGUUUUCAUAUGCAGAGAGAUGUGGUUUAUUUAUCUACUGAGCUGGCUGUCGUUGGUCAUCCAGGUAUCCUUCGUCACUCUAGCAAUAGCUGCUGGCCUGUACUACUUGGCAGAACUAAUAGAAGAAUACACAGUAGCCACCAGUCGAAUAAUCAAAUACAUGAUACUGUUCUCCACAGGUGUGUUGGCAGGUCUUUAUCUUUUUGAAGGCUUCCCGGUGCUGAUGGUGGGACUCGGCCUCUUCACCAACUUGGUGUAUUUCGGUCUUUUGCAGACCUUCCCCUACAUACUGCUGAGCUCCCCCAACUUCAUUCUGUCCUGUGUAUUAGUGGUGUUGAACCAUUAUAUGGCCUUCCAGUACUUUGCACAAGAGUAUUAUCCUUUCUCAGAGGUGCUGGCCUACUUCACCAUCUGCCUGUGGGUCAUCCCUUUUGCCUUCUUUGUGUCACUGUCAGCGGGGGAAAACGUACUUCCGUCCACCAUGCAGCAAGGAGAUGACGUAGUGUCUAAUUACUUCACCAAGGGCAAGAGAGGAAAGAGGUCAGGCAUCCUCCUCAUUUUCUCUUUCCUGAAGGAGGCAGUGCUGCCCAGUCGACAGAAAAUGUACUGAGAAGUUUGGACUUGGGUGCAGCAUUGGGGUCACAGAUGUGUGUGCGUGGCUGAGAUUAAGGGAAAAGCAGAAAUCACCAUGGGAUUUCUUUCCGAAUGGAACAAAGCAGUGGCCACAAGGAGGUUGAGCGCACACACAAAGUGGAUGGACCAAUGAACAGAACAGAGCCUCCUACUGGACAAACUGAAGUUUACACAGACCAUGUUUGUCUGUCUUUAUUUUUCUGUCUGUACUGACUGCCAGCAGCAUCUACUACAGAAUUCACUUAUGGGGUUUUGUCUGUAGCUGGCUUCUCUAUUUUUAAUCUUUGGUAUUAAAACUGUAUGAACAGGGUUUGAAAUUAACAACCACCAAAUACUUGUACAUGUUGACUUUGGCAGAUAAAUUGGUAUGAGUUUCCUCCUGAUGA